CGCUACAUGGUAACUUAGUGGAACCCUGGUAAUGCAGGGAUUUCUCAUGUGACAGCUGUAGACGGAGAAAAAUAAUGAUAAGCCAAGUCGGUCGAGAGCUCUACAAGGUGCCACUUCGCAUUUUAGAUCAUCGCGUGUUUGUGAACGGCGAGAUCGAGUUUUUUCUUGAGAAUUUUGAGGUGCGGCGCAACGAUAGUGAGGUGGAGAAACUUUUCCAGGUCACAGAAACAGUGGGAUCUUUGAAGUACGAUCUCUCGGAGAGGUGCAUUGCAUCCGGAACACAGAACCUCAACCAACUGGACACCGAGGUGAACCACCUGCUGGACGGGGUCAACGAACUCUUAGCGAAGGCGAAAGUAGAACGAACUGCCAGCACUCAGUUGAAGGAGGCGCGACUGGCACGUGAACAACGCCGGGCGGAGUUUUUGACCAAUUUGGAGCACGGUUAUCGCCGCAUAGAGAACUCGUUCGAGGAGAAGGAGGAGGAAAUUGCCGAACUUUACUCGGACCUACAACUUAAACUGAACAUUGCCAAGUAG